GAUACUGCAUGGUCAGUUGUUCCUGUGCUUGCCAGAAUGCAGCUGUAGGUUUGGUGGGAACGAAGCAGGAAUAAAUUAUUGAUGAUACUUGCCUUAGCCUACAAUUUACUUUUUUGUUUACCCUCUAGUUCUGGUGUUUCUCUUGGCACCCUUCUGGUCAGGUAGAAGGAAGCAAAGAGGAAAAUGUAGUCAGCUACUAUUUCCCACUUCGAAGGCUAUUGAGAGGGUGCAAUUGCAACUGGAAUGGGAUCCGCACUGAGGAAAUGACUGCAUGCUUUCUUCUGAUAUUCAAAUCAGAAUGGUGUUGGGAAAUGCUAGGUGCGACUCUGAUCCGCUUCCUAAGCACAGAGACUGGCUCCUCACGUUACAAGUCAUGUGAUCCCAUGCCACCUGCAUAUAUACCAGGUGCCUGGUGCCUCUGCUCAGACUGCACUGAAGGCCCAUCUUCGGAAACACCUCUCACUGCAGAGACAUUACCUGCCACUAUCAUGUCUGGGCAGUUCUCUGAUCCCAUGACUCCUACUCCAGAAAUCCAGGAGAUCGCUAACAGGGUGAAGUCACAACUUGAAAAGGAGGUUGGCAGGGCAUUUACCAUCUUUAAUGCUGUGCUAUAUAGGUACCAGAAGUCUGUUGGGACCAGCUACUUGAUUAAGGUCGAAGUUGCUGAUGGCGAUUUUAACCACUUACUGGUGUUUCAGCCACCUCUUGACAGGAAAGUAGGUCCCGAACUUGUCCGGUAUUGGACUGGCAAAACCAGACAUGAUCCUCUGGAAUGCUGAGAAAUCAUGGGAACGAUGCCUCAGUUGUACAAACUGCAUGUGGAUUCUGCCUGCGUCAGUAAA